GUCUGGAUACAAAACACACUAGAAAUUAAAUGAUUCAAGAGUGAAGUUAUCAAAAUGUCCCGUGUUUAACUGGUUUAGAUGUUAAAACUUGAUCUGUUAUUAUGGAAGAUGUGUUCUUUAUCCAUUGAUUAUCUGUUCUUUUCAUUCUUGUUUUUGUGUCACCUGUAGGGUGACCAGGAAACAUUUGUCAUCUUUCCCUUAUUGACAGUUGCUGCAUCUAAUUUUUAAGAGAAGUAAUUAAUCUUGAAUCACCUUUAAUUUACCAGAUUUAAAGGACCAGUAGAGCGUAAGAGUAAAAAGACAGGUUCUUCAACAUGUUCUUAAAAAUGAUAUAUUUAAAGUCUGUUAAAAUACAGAACUUAAAGUUAGAAUGUAGCCUUUGUAAUACAGGAAAAACAAAGGUUUUGACCUUAAUUCAGCUGUCAUCAGACAUGUCCUCUGUAUCCUUCAGGGUGCUUUAAACACCCUGGAUAAAUGUACUACUCUGGCCCCAUACCAACUUUUUCUGGUUGUCAUUUCUACUUUUAUAAAUGCUUUUUACAAAUGAGUGAGUAAUCCACAAAAGUAGGAACAAACUCUCAAAGGUAAAUGCUAGCCUAAUAACACAAUAUUUUUAAGACAGUGUGUUUUUGGACAUGUUCAGAAAGUUAUGUUAGACUUGGAAGCGUAUAUAGAAAAUAGUAAUUUGGCCAUUCCAUGAAUGACUGUUUAUAAGCAAGCUCUGUUUCAAUGAGGGAACAAACAGUAACUUUUUUUAAUUUAAGCUUUGUUACUAGAGAAGCAUUUCUGUGGAGUUGGUCUUUGAAAACAACUAAUCAAUCCAAAAUCUCCAUGAGACAGAAGAGAGGAAAACAUAAACUUAUUUUCCAAAACAAAUAAGAAUGUAGUGAUCCUGCUACAGAAUUCCGUGGCAUUCCUCUUCUCCUGUCUGCAUCAGGUCAUCCGCCAGAGAAAAGCAUUCUUGGUGUUCAUCUGACCAGGGCCAUCAGUCUCUAUUAUGGCUCCAGCCUUCUUCCGUGCUUUCCAGCAGUUAUCCUCUAUCUACAGCAGGCUGGAAGACACAGGGAUAUGUUUUGGAGUUGCAGACAGAGUAUCUUUGCUGAAAUGAAGAAGAAAUUUUCACAGGUGGAAAGUGCUGCUGAGGAGCCCAGAGUGCUGUGUAUAAUACAAGAUACGACAAAUUCAAAGACAGUGAAUGAACGUGUUACUUUGAACCUUCCAGCUUCCACUCUGCUUAAAAAGCUGUUUGAAGAUGUGGCUUCAAAAGUGGGCUAUGUGAAUGGAACCUUUGAUUUAGUGUGGGGAAAUGGAGAUAAUGUAACUGAUACGACUCCGAUAAAUCAGAACAGUGACAAAACUAUUCUUGAUGCUGGUUUUGAGCCAGGGAAGAAGAAUUUUCUACAUUUGACAGACAAAGAUGGUGAGCAACCUCAUAUAACAUCGGAGGAAUCAGGUACAACAGAUGACUGUGUGCAAGACAGAUUUAUAGGCCCACUUCCAAGAGAAGGCUCUGUUGGCUGUACCAGUGAUUAUGUCAGUCAAAGCUAUUCAUAUUCUUCAGUCCUGAGCAAAUCAGAGACAGGCUAUGUGGGUCUAGUAAAUCAAGCAAUGACUUGCUACUUGAACAGCCUUUUACAAACACUUUUCAUGACUCCUGAAUUUAGAAAUGCAUUAUAUAAAUGGGAAUUCGAAGAAUCUGAAGAGGAUGCCGUGACAAGUAUCCCAUACCAGCUUCAAAGGCUGUUUGUUUUACUGCAGACCAGCAAAAAAAGAGCAAUUGAAACAACAGAUGUUACACGGAGUUUUGGAUGGGAUAGCAGUGAGGCAUGGCAGCAACAUGAUGUACAGGAGCUUUGUAGAGUCAUGUUUGAUGCUUUGGAGCAGAAAUGGAAGCAAACAGAACAGGCCGAUCUUAUAAAUCAGCUGUAUCAAGGCAAACUGAAAGACUAUGUAAGGUGUCUAGAAUGUGGCUACGAAGGCUGGAGAAUCGACACUUACUUGGAUAUUCCUUUGGUCAUCCGCCCGUAUGGCUCCAACCAGGCAUUUGCUAGCGUGGAAGAAGCACUGCAUGCUUUCAUUCAGCCUGAGAUUCUUGAUGGCCCCAAUCAGUAUUUUUGUGAGCGGUGUAAGAAGAAAUGUGAUGCAAGGAAGGGCCUGCGGUUCUUGCAUUUUCCAUAUCUGCUGACAUUACAGCUGAAGAGAUUUGACUUUGAUUACACCACUAUGCACAGAAUUAAACUCAAUGAUCGUAUGACAUUUCCUGAGGAGUUAGACAUGAGUAUUUUCAUUGAUGUCGAAGAUGAGAAAUCUCCUCAGACUGAAAGUUGCACUGAUAGUGGAGCAGAAAAUGAAGGCAGUUGUCACAGUGAUCAGAUGAGCAAUGAUUUUUCUAAUGAUGAUGGAGUUGAUGAAGGAAUAUGCCUUGAAAGCAAUAGUGCAGCAGAAAGAAUUUCUAAAGUUGGCAGUGAAAAGAAUUCUCUACUGUAUGAGCUCUUUUCUGUUAUGGUUCAUUCUGGAAGUGCUGCUGGUGGCCAUUACUAUGCCUGUAUAAAAUCAUUUAGUGAUGACCAAUGGUACAGUUUUAAUGAUCAGCAUGUUAGCAAGAUAACUCAGGAAGAUAUUAAGAAAACAUAUGGUGGAUCUUCUGGAAGCAGAGGCUAUUAUUCCAGUGCUUUUGCCAGCUCCACAAAUGCGUACAUGCUAAUAUAUAGACUGAAGGAUCCAGCAAGAAAUGCAAAGUUUCUUGAGGCACAUGAGUAUCCAGACCACAUUAAACAAUUAGUACAGAAAGAGAGAGAACUGGAAGAACAAGAAAAGAGGCAACGGGAAAUUGAGCGCAACACUUGCAAGAUUAAAUUGUUCUGUAUGCAUCCUACAAAACAAAUAAUGAUGGAGAACAAAUUAGAGGUUCAUAAGGACAGGACACUGAAGGAAGCUGUGGAAAUAGCUUACAAGCUAAUGGAUUUAGACGAGGCUGUCCCUUUAGAUUGCUGUCGUCUUGUCAAAUAUGAUGAGUUCCAUGACUACUUGGAACGAUCGUAUGAAGGAGAAGAGGAUACACCAAUGGGUUUAUUACUUGGAGGUGUCAAAUCAACGUACAUGUUUGACUUACUAUUGGAAACAAGAAGACCUGACCAAGUUUUCCAGUGCUAUAAACCUGGUGAGGUCAUGGUAAAGGUUCAUGUAGUUGACCUAAGGACUGAAUCUGUUGCUCCUCCAAUAAGUGUACGAGCAUAUUUGAAUCAAACCGUUUCAGAAUUUAAACAGCUAAUUUCAAAGGCUACACACCUGCCUGCUGAAACAAUGCGGGUAGUAUUAGAACGUUGCUACAAUGACUUGCGUCUUCUGAAUGUUUCCAGCAAAACACUGAAAGCUGAAGGCUUUUUUAGAAGCAACAAGGUAUUUAUUGAAAGCUCGGAGUCAUUAGAUCAUCAUGUGGCAUAUACAGAUUCUCAUUUAUGGAAACUUUUGGAUCGUCAUGCAAAUACAAUCAGACUAUAUGUUUCAUUACCAGAGCAGUCUCCUGGAUCUCAGUUUAGACGAUCAGUUUAUCAGAAGCCUAGUGGAGAUUCAGGCAACGUGGAUGAAGCCUCUGAAAGAGUAAAAGGACCUGUAGGCAACAUGAAAUCUGUAGAAGCGAUUCUGGAAGAAAGCACUGAAAAGCUUAAAAGUUUGUCCCUGCAGCAGCAGCAGGAAGGUGAUAAUGGAGACAGCAGCAAAAGCACAGAAGCCAGUGAUUUUGAAAAUAUUGAAUCACCUUCAAAUGAAAUAGACUCAUCAGCAGAAAACAGAGAACUUGAAAACCAAAUUCAGAUUUCUGAUCCAGAAAAUCUCCAGUCUGAGGAACGGUCAGAUUCGGAUGUAAAUAAUGAUAGGAGUACAAGUUCAGUAGACAGUGAUAUCCUUAGCUCUAGUCAUAGUAGUGAUACUUUAUGCAAUGUGGACAAUGCCCCAAUUCCCUUGGCUAAUGGACUUGAUUCUCAUAGUAUCACAAGUAGUAGGAGAUCAAAAGCAAAUCAGGGGAAGAAAGAAACCUGGGACACAGCAGAAGAAGAUUCCGGAACAGACAGUGAAUACGAUGAAAGUGGCAAGAGUAGAGGAGAAGCACAAUAUAUGUACUUUAAGUCAGAACCCUACACUGCAGAUGAAGGUUCAGGAGAAGGGCAAAAAUGGUUGAUGGUACACGUUGAUAAAAGAAUUACACUGUCUGCCUUCAAGCAACAUUUGGAGCCCUUUGUUGGAGUACCAUCCUCUCACUUCAAAGUCUUUAGAGUCUAUGCCAGCAAUCAAGAGUUUGAGAGUGUUCGGCUCAAUGAGACCCUUUCAUCGUUUUCUGAUGACAAUAAGAUAACUAUUAGACUUGGAAGAGCCCUUAAGAAAGGUGAAUACAGAGUCAAAGUCUAUCAGCUUUUGGUAAAUGAACCAGAGCCAUGCAAGUUUCUUCUAGAUGCGGUUUUUGCUAAAGGAAUGACUGUCCGACAGUCAAAAGAGGAGCUGCUUCCUCAGCUUCGAGAACAGUGUGGCCUGGACUUAACGACUGACAGGUUUCGUCUACGAAAGAAAACCUGGAAGAACCCAGGCACUGUGUUUCUGGAUUAUCAUAUCUAUGAAGAAGAUAUCAAUAUUUCAAGCAAUUGGGAGGUCUUCCUAGAAAUACUUGAUGGAGUAGAAAAGAUGAAAUCCAUGUCACAGCUUGCAGUUUUAUCAAGACGAUGGAGACCAUCAGAGAUGAAACUAGAUUGUUUCCAGGAAGUCGUGCUAGAAAGCAGCAGUGUUGAGGAAUUAAAAGAGAAGCUGAGUGAAAUAAGUGGAAUACCCUUGGAAAAUAUAGAGUUUGCAAAGGGUAGAGGAACGUUUCCAUGUGACAUUUCCAUACUAGAGAUUCACCAGGAUUUGGACUGGAAUCCUAAAGUAUCAACAUUGAAUGUCUGGCCUCUGUACAUUUGUGAUGAUGGUGCAGUAAUAUUUUAUAGGGAUAAAACUGAAGAAUUAAUGGAAUUAACAGAUGAACAGAGAAAUGAACUGAUGAAAAAAGAAAGCAGCAGGCUCCAGAAAACUGGACACCGCGUAACCUACUCUCCUCGUAAAGAGAAAGCACUAAAAAUAUAUCUGGAUGGAGCACCAAAUAAAGAUUUGACUCAAGACUGAUACUUGCUAUAGCAUUUUCCCUGGGGAAUUUUUUUUGUCUAAAAUAAGAAGGUUCACUACUACUGUGUAGUGCCAUUAUGGCAGGACACUCAUUAGGUGUAAAGCGCUGACACCAGCACUGAUUGGGCUGUGUUACCAAUCAGAAGCGCAGUGCCCCGUUGGGUCACUGUUUGACUUGGAAUCAUGUUGUGCACUAUAGUCAAAUGUACUGUAAAGCUAAAAGGGAUGUGCAAAUAAAAGAUUAGAACUAAAAAGUGGGUGGGGAGGGAAAUGAGUGGAAAUUUUUGAGGACAGUGUGCACAUAGUAGCUAGUGAAACUAGCCUCAAACAGGAUACUCAUAGCUUAAUAAUAAAAGCUGUGCAAAGGCCAUGAAAGAA